UUAACUCAUUUUCUGAAUAUCGCUCACAUGCUUUAAAUACGUAUGUCUGGCGUGGUUAGUUAUUUUAUUUAUUAGCUAAAGCAUUCGUCGUUAAAAAAUUUAACCUUUUUUUGUCAAACAAACAAAACAAGACACACAUUUCACUACUCACUCUCACUCAAACUUCUGUGACUCAUAAAUCAAAUAUUGGAGAUAAAAUUGAAUACAUUUAAAACCAAUCAAUAGCCAAAGAAAAAUUUUUGGGAAAUAUAUUGCUAAUUUUCCCCACCGCUUUCAUAAUUCAGGGAAAGUUUCUCUAUGAAUAAAUUGCAUUCGUUUUAGAAAAGUUAAGCGCACAAUUUUUAGUUUGAAACCAAACAGAAUCGAGAUGGAUCUCACACCUCGGACGAAAUUUGAAUGUCCCACGUGCUAUAAAACUUUCAAGUUGAAGCGUCAGCUUGCCUGGCAUCUCGUCACGCACGCCCCCGACGCACAAGUGAAAUGCAAGGUAUGCGGGAAAAUUUCGAAAAACCCAGUCGCCUUGUCUCGUCACAUGAAAAAUCUUCACACCAACUGGAAACGGCCCAGUUGCGACAUUUGUCAAAUAGUGUUCUCAACUCUCCCAGUUUACGGAGACACACCGAAGCCAUCCACAUUACUCAUGAACGACCCCGUUUGCCAUGUGGGUUUGUCGGAUGUGACAAAACUUUCCUCAAGAAACAAAAUGUUUCGCGACACGUGAGAGCUGAACAUGCCGAGAACCCGGUCCGAUUUCGGUGCACACUUUGCGGGAAAGAAUUCAAAAUGAAGAUAGAACUUGAGAGCCACGUUCCCACCCACACGACCGAGAAGCCGUACAAUUGUGCCACUUGCGGUAGGAGUUUUGCCCUCAGGAGGACCAUGAAAAGUCAUGAGCAGACGCAUUUGGAAAAAUCUGCCCGAGACAUUUUCCAGUGUCACGUCUGUCCUGGUACCUUCUUAAAGAAAGGGGGUCUACAAGCCCACGUCCAAGUUGUGCAUGAAAAUCGGAGGAAUUAUCCUUGCACAAUUUGUGAUAAGAGAUUCUCCAGCUCAUCAGAAUUGAAGCGUCACGUGGAGGCGAGACAUGUCACAAAUAAAGAGCUGGUCCAUUCCUGCGACAAGUGCGAGUACAGGAGCUACUCAAAAGUCAAUUUAACUCACCCCGUGAGACGUCACAAUCCUGCGAAUUGGCGCAAGUGUUAUUUUUGCAAUAAGUUUAUCACCUUGCAAAACUUGGUUAAACACUACAGUCGAAUUCAUUGUCACGAGAAGUAGAACGUAUAUAAUUGUGUUUUAUGUGUGUGUUAUGCCACAUUCAAAC